UUGUGGUAGUAGCAAAUGACUAGCUGACAACAGAGCACCCUUCCCUUCAUUUCAAUAUCACCCACCUGAUAGUAACCUAGCUCUGAUAAGUAAGCCGCAUUGAAGACGUUGGAAGGAAUUUGCACACUAACUUUGGUAGCCUGCCUACAGGGGAUUUUUUUUUUGCCAUGGAAUCGCAAUCCAAGGUGGAAUUUCGGAAUGUUGGACAGAUGUAUUUCCCGCAAAGUAGAGUGGACUGCCACUUCAGCCUUAGAGCUGAUCAUCACUGGACCAACAAGGACUGGAUAGGCCUAUUCAAGGCUGACUGGUCAUCAGUGAAAGAGUACUCAACCUUUGCCUGGGCAGUCACUCCUGAGGGGUUCAGUGGAGGAACUAAUGCUAACUGCUGUGUACAUUUCCAAGCCUCCUACCUGCCCCGACCCAGCGAUGUGGAGUACCAGUUUGUAUAUGUGGACCAUCAAGGCCAGGUGUGCGCCCGCAGUCGUAAUUUUACCUUCUGCAUUUCCAAACCUCUGGACGAGCUGGAGACGCUGACCGAAGAGAAGGAGCAGGAGGAGGGGGACGAGGAGGGGGACGGGGACGAUCUGAUGCUGGUGGUGCCGAGAGCUCAGCUCCUGCAGACCCGGCUGGAGGAAUGCCUGAGGGACCAGGCGGUGUUAAAAAAGGCCCGGGAGGAGGCAGAGAGGGAGAAGGAGAGAGAGGAAGAAAAGAGCAAGAGGGCAAAAGAAGAGUGGGAGCGAGAGAGAGAAGAGAUGAAGGAGGAGAUCACUGAGUUGAGGGACCAUCUGAGACGAUGCAGCGAGCGGAUGGAGGAUAUGGAUGGGAAACAAAAGGAUAUGCAGUUCUCUCAAGAAACCGUGUCCAAUCUAUUGGAUGAGAAGGCUGAGAGCCAACAGCGAAUCAGAGAGCUUGAAGAUGACAUCAUAGCUCUAACUAACAGAUGGAAGGAGACAGAAGCUGAACUUGAAAGGAUGAAGGAGAGAGUGAAAAAGAUGUCCACUCAACUGAGGGAUGAAGAAAAUGAAAGAAAUAAUCUGCAGAUGGAGAACGGGGCCGUGCUAGCCGAACUGAGGGUGACGCAGAAGCGCCUGGAGGCCAGCGAGCGCAAGGCCGAGGGUCUGAGACAGGAGCUGAGUGAGAUGGUCGCCCAGCAGGGCCACAGCCAUGCUGAACUGCACCAGGCCCGGCUCCAGGCGGCCCAGCUCACACUGCAGCAGUCCGAUGCCGACCUGGCCUUGAGGGAGGGACGGGCUCGCUGGGCCCAGGAAAGGGAAGCCUUUAAACAGGCUGCAGAGCUUGAUAAAGAGAAGGUGCAGAAGUUGAGCCGUGAGUUGCAGCGGAAGGAGGAGUGGCUCCAAGAGGAGAGGAUGGAGAGGGAGAAACUAGAAGUGGAGCUUGGAAAAGAGAAGGAUUGCAGCAGGGUGCAGCUGAGCGAUGCCCGCAGGGAGCUGCAGGAGGCGAUGGCCAUCCUGCGAAAGAACGAGAAGGAGCGAGAGCAGCUGAAGCUGGAGAGACAGGAUCUGCUGGACUACUCGCAUCUGCUGGAGCAGAGACUGGAGGUGGCUGCAGACAACAAGUGGAAAGAAGUGGCCCUGUACUACUCAACCAGUGGUGGCGACACCAGUCAUCCUGACAGCUCCUCGGGAGAUGAGAAACCCUCCUCCGAAGACGAGAGACUUGCAUCUCCAGUGCCCCACCAGACCUCAGGACCACCUCCCUGGUGUGACACCCAGAACAGCUCCUCCCACCGGAGUGUGAGCUGUCCCCACACUGAGACGACCAGGGAUGAGGAAGAGCAGAACAAGACCACCAAGGGUGAAGACAAAUGUCAGAUUAUUCCAGACCUCACCAAGCCCAUCCAAAGUGAGCUUGCCGACUGCUCCCCCUUCUGGUAACAGAAAUAAGGACAGUGGAAAAGUUGAUUGAGUAGCCUCCAGUCCUGUUGGCCUACUUUGUGGCCAUCUACAGACGGCUAGUUAUACAGACAGACUGUGCUGUAGAUACAAUAUUGCCUACGAAAUCUCCCCUGCGAUGUUGUGCAAUGAGUAGGUUUCAAACAAUAUUUAAUUUUGUUGUAUAAAAAAUAUUUAUUUGUUAACUAUUUCUAAGCUUUUUAGUGGUUUGGUUAACAUUCACUGUUAGAAAUUAGCCAAAAGAAAUAAGGCUAGAUGUAUUUUGUGUGAAAAUUACCAUAAUGCCAGCAUCAUAUGUGCCCAAUUUUAACUGAUCUUUGAAUGGAAUAGUCUACUAGGUCUUACAACUACUAGGCCCACAGAAGCUCUCAAGUUAGAGGUUUCUUGUUGAAAGCAUUUGAAUAUUAUAUUAUUUUGCAUUUUGUCUAGGUGUUAUAACUAGCCCAACUUGGGAUAGGCUUGAAAAAUGUGUACUUAUAGGUGAUAAGAUAAUCAAGAGUCAACAUUUAAUUUUAUGUGGGUUCAAAUUAUUUAAUGAUUUAUCUGAUUGUGAAGUUCACUUUCUUUAAACUGUGUUGAUGAGUUUCUGUAAUAAAACACUGUGACAGUUUACCAAUACA